UGUAUUUUGUAUUUUCUACGAUCAUUUUCAAAUCUCAUAUUAUAGACAGUUUACACUCGUCGACCUAAUAAGUGUUUUAGUUUUCAAACGCUGCCAUUUUAUCGUGACUUCAAUUUUAAUUUUCAAACCGAACGAUUUUGUAAUGGCACCGAGGACUAGCAGUUGGCCUGCGUGGACCAAUAUAUCUAGUACGGACAGCUGUAUCAAAUCGGCGGACGAUUGGAUCGAAGCGCACCGAAAGGAGGAUGGUGCGGACGGGCUGUGGAGAAUUCACGACGGGCUGUACGACUUACGACGGUGGAUAAACUUGCACCCUGGCGGACCGCAGUGGUUAGAAAUGACAAGAGGCACCGACGUCACGGAACUGUUCGAAACGUACCACGUGAAUGCCGAGGCGGCCGCGCGACCACUGCGCAACUACUACGUGCGCCGGGCCACGUCGCCGCGGACGUCGCCGUUCACGUUCGAACCGGACGGGUUCUAUAACGUCCUGAGGUCCCGGGUCGCCACGGAGUUGCGGUCCACCGGCAACGGCAGAGCGAAAUCCGCUCUGGUCGUCGACACGUGCUUCCUGGUCGCGCUAGUCCUGUGCGUGGCGGUCGCACGCACACAGCACUAUACGUCGGCCCUGGCGGCCGGCGUCACGCUAGCGCUGGGCACCGUGGCCAGUCACAAUUUCACGCACCUGGCCGACAACUGGAGGAUGUACUACAUGGAACUGAGCUUCCUGUCCGUGCGGGAAUGGAGAAUAUCUCACGUACUCAGUCAUCACGUGUUCACGAACACCGUGCAAGACUUGGAGAUGACGUUGUUUUACCCGUUCCUCCACUGGUUUCCGACCGACGACAAACCGUUCACCGUACGUUGGGCACCGUACCUCACACCCGUUGUUUAUCCGUUUGUCUUGCCUGGACAAUUCUUCAUCAGAACUUUCAAACGCAAGAAUGAUAUCACUAAUUUUCUAAUAUUCGUCAUACCAACAAUAUUGUUUUUUUGUGGAUCCACGACAAUAACUAUUAUGUGUGUCUGUAAAUUGUGGCUUACCAUGAUACUGACUAGCAGUUUUGUGUUCACGUUUCUUGGACUCAGUGUUUCUCAUCAUUUUCCGAAUAACUUUCACGAUGGAGACUAUGUCAGCACUGAACGCAUUGACUGGGGACUUCAUCAAAUGGAAACCAGUGCAGAACGGAACGAACUUAUCGAUAACUUCUUUAUCACCAUGGUAACAUUCGGUGAUCACACGUUACAUCAUCUGUUUCCGUCUUUGGACCAUAGCGUAAUACUAAAUUUGCAAGACACCUUCAAAUAUACUUGCGAAGAAUUCGGAUUGGACUUGACACAAAAACCGUUCACAACAAUUGUACGUGGACAAUUUAAACAAUUAGUUCGCAUAACUCCUAAAAAUCCAAAAAAAAAAUAAACAAAUGACUUGAAAAAUUGUUGUGAGUUAAAACAGCGAUUUGCCAUUAAAAAGAACAUCAUAGAACAUCAUGGAUGACAUUAUUUCGUGCGCUAAUAAUUACAUUUUGUUCGUAACAUAGAGAAUAAGUAUUAAAUAUUGUAUUACCAGUACUUGACUCGGUAAAAUUAAAGAAUGAUGAUUCUGUUUACUUAAAAAAAAAAAAGGUUUUCCCAAAACUUGUUAAGCGUUAUAAUUAUAACGUAAAAAUAGUAAGGGGACGCUACAAUUUCUGAAAAUUAGUCAAGAUACUUCGUCCCCCUGCGUCCCUUCAAGUCCAGCAGUGUAUUUUAACAUUUUAACUUUAGUAUUAAAACCAAUUGUGCAAAAUAUAUUUA